AUGGCCAUUGCGUUUGGUCCUCGGUCUACCGGUAUGCCCUUGGGGACUGUAAAAAGGCGUCGUCACCACCAUUCUACUGGUACCAGUGAUCAGCAGGAGCCCAUAUGCUUCGUCAGCACCAAGUUUCGUUCUCUAUUACGAGCUACCGUCAACUUUGAGGGAGAGUCCUCCACCAGUGUAUCUGUUCCAAUCCCAUCCUCAUCCUCAUCCUCAUCCUUGUCCUCCACCAACAGGAACAACAGUUCCUUGGCGGAUUGGAUGCUCUCGUCGGACUCUGACGAAUUUUUCCUGGGAACACAAGACUUUCGCAAACGAACUGAUGGUUGCUGGGAUGCCUUUCAGCCCAGUGUGGAUUGGUUUGGCUUGGAAUUAGUGCCAGUUUUCGUAAUCAAAUUGGAACGCAACGGGCCCAAAAAGCAGGUAUCUGCCAUCAUCACACAAGCUAGAAGUGAUAUUCGCUCUGGUCAAAAUUCCGUCACUGGAAGGCUGGCCGGAAAAGUCAUGGAAAAGUCAUCCUUCCAAGGAUCCAAUAGAGUCACCUGGAAGGAAAAUGAUCUAGCAAAUGAAUGGAUCUUGGAGGCCGAUCUCUCACUCACUCUGUCGAUACCACUACCUCCAUUGGUGCCGCUGCCUCCCGGAUUCAAUUCCAUUGGUUCUCGUAUUGUCAAGUCCACGUGCAAGAGACGGCUGGAACAAUUCCUCAAUAAUCUGCAAGCUUCCUAUCUCGAUUGGGCGAAGCGACAGUAG